CAGAGGCAGCGCUGACAGGGGGCAGCAGCAUGGCGGACAUGCAUGUGGAAUCUCUAAACAAAUUGCAUCGACUGUCCAGCUAACGCCGCCGCGAGAAUCACUGACAGAGCGUGUAACGCUGGGCUGGAGGUGCCCGAACAGACCGUAGAAUGGACGAGGAGAACAAACUUCAGUUCCCGUCUCUGCCCGCGAUCAAGGAGGAGCUGCUGGACUGGGCUUAUCCGAUGAGACGAGACAUGCAGGAGAUAUUACCAGGACUGUUUUUAGGACCCUACUCUGCUGCAAUGAAAAGCAAGCUGCCAUUUCUGGAAACGCAGGGCAUAACGCAUAUUGUGUGUGUUCGCCAAGAUAUUGAAGCCAAUUUUAUCAAGCCCAAUUUCCCUCAUACCUUUAGAUACCUUGUAUUAGGUAUUGCUGACAAUCCAAUGGAAAAUAUAAUAAGAUUUUUUCCUAUGACUAAAGAAUUUAUUGAUAGCUGCUUAGCAACAGGAGGAAAGGUACUGGUGCAUGGUAAUGCAGGGAUAUCAAGAAGUGCUGCCCUUGUGAUUGCAUACCUUAUGGAAACAUUUGGAAUAAAAUACAGGGAUGCAUUCAGCCACGUCCAAGAGCGGAGGUUCUGCAUCAACCCCAAUGUGGGCUUUGUGCACCAGCUACAGGAGUAUGAAGCAAUCUACCUAGCCAAAUUGACCAUUAAAAUGAUGUCACCAAUGCAGCUGGGUAGGUCCUUCCCCUUACAUCCAGGAAUGCCAGGAAGCCGUAAGCGCAGUCUGGAGGAGGAUGAAGACUUUGGAUCAAUGCAGGUCACAGCAGCACAGAAUGGAUAAGCUUUGCAUAUAUUAGCUGUGAUGCGCAGUGCACUCUGUUUCUUUCCUUUUUUUUACAUUUUUAAUGGGAUUAAAAAUGUAAAUAUUUGAAUUUUUUG